AUGGCGGAGGUCAAUGCUAUGAUGAUUCGUGCUCGCUGUAAUUUUAUGGUGAGAAACCCUGUGUUGGAUGUGAAGCGUUUGGGCUUUCGGAUGCCGGUUAUGGGUCGCCGAACAGUUUGGUGUAGUCGGAGGAGGAUGAAGGGGAGAGUUGUAAAUGGAGUGAAGGCGACAAUGCAGGUCGAUUUGGAGGAUGAGGAGAGGUUGAAAAGAUUGGAGGGUUUAGAGGCCACUUUAGGGCUUGAUAUUGUAGCGGAGAGGGAAUUGAAGGAGAAGGGGUUUUUAGGGAUGAGGAAGACGAAGCUUGUAUGCACUGUUGGUCCAGCGUGUAGUGGGAUUGCGGAUUUGGAGAAGUUAGCGUUGGAAGGUAUGAAUAUUGCGAGAUUGAAUAUGUGUCACAACUCGAUGGAGUGGCAUUGUGAUAUGAUUAAGAAAAUCAAGAAGUUAAAUGAGGAGAAAGGAUUCUGUAUUUCGGUUAUGAUUGAUAUUGAAGGAAGUCAGAUUCAUGUGGUUGAUCAUGGAGCUCCUUCCUCUGUAAAAGUUGAGGAUGGUUCAAUCUGGUUGUUCACUGCUAAGAAAUUCGAAGGUUCUCGUCCAUUCACUGUGCAAGCGAGCUAUGAAGGUUUCUCUGAAGGUAUCCGAGUGGGUGAUUCAAUUGUAAUUGAUGGGGGAAUGGCAACCUUUGAAGUUAUUGAAAAGAUUGGGAAUGAUUUAAGCUGCAGGUGCACAGACCCAGGUUUAUUUCUUCCUCGGGCGAAGUGUAGCUUUUGGAGAGAUGGAAGGCUUGUUAUGAGAAAUCACGAGUCUCCCACGUUGUCAAGUAAGGAUUGGUCGGACAUUGAAUUUGGAAUUUCAGAAGGCGUGGACUUCAUUGCCCUUUCUUUUGUGAACAGUGCAGAUCCUGUCAGGCAUCUAAAGAACUACCUUUCAACAAAAUCAGCGAAAUCUAUAAGGGUAUUGGCUAAGAUUGAAAGCUUGGAGGCCCUUCAAAAUCUGGAAGAAAUUGUAGAGGCCUCUGAUGGAAUCAUGGUGGCUCGAGGGGACCUUGGGGUUGAAAUUCCGCUCGAGCAGAUACCAGCAGUGCAAGAGGAAAUAACCAGAGUUUGUAGGGAAUUGAACAAACCAGUGAUCAUAGCUUCUCAACUUCUAGAGUCCAUGGUUGAAUAUCCUACCCCAACACGUGCUGAGGUUGCAGAUGUUUCUGAAGCUGUCCGACAAUAUGCUGAUGCGUUGAUGCUAUCUGGGGAGUCUGCCAUAGGAUCAUAUGGACAGAAAGCACUUUCGGUUCUACAGAUGGCCAGCAGCCGAAUGGAAUUAUGGAGUCGUGAAGAAAAUAGGAACAAUUUCCUUCCCCAGCAUCAACUUGGAGUGUCAUUGCAUGAUCGCAUUGCAGAAGAAAUUUGCAAUUCUGCAGCUGAAUUGGCUAACAGACUUUCAGUAGACGCCAUAUUUGUGCUCACAAAUCAAGGGCAUAUGGCAUCUCUCCUUUCCCGGAACCGCCCAGGGCCGCCAAUAUUUGCAUUAACCGACGAUGAUAGCACAAGAAUGGCUUUGAAUCUACAAUGGGGAGUGUUUCCUUUGCGAAUUGACCUCUCAGAAGACAUUGAAGCAAACAUCUCAAGAGGGAUCGAGGUUGUGAAAUCAAAGGGAUUGGUAAAACAGGGGGACUCUGUGCUUGUGGUCUCAGAGAUCUCUCCAGCUCGAGCUGCGUCAAUGGCGUCCCAAUCAAUUCAGCUCAAAACCAUCGUGUAGAACAAAGAAAAAACAGGUCAAGCUUUGUAAGUGAAACUUUAUGAUUGCAUGUAUCAUAUGUGGUGGAUAUUACACGUGAAUGUUGCAUCUUAUCAUUUGUGGCCCUCUGUUUGUAACGACUAUUGAAGCCUUUGAUAGGUUGUUUAUUAUUAUUUGGAAAAUGUAAUAACUCUACUCAAAUUUGAAUUUAGUUUUAAUAGUAUUGUAUUGUUU